AGUGGUCUCCUAUAAAGAGCAAACCGCAUGGCAAGUUCGUCAAACGCUGAUCAGGGUCCUGGAAUUUACACACAGAGAUUAUUAACAUCGACAACGUCGAAUCGAGCGAGGUCACAAGUUUACAAUCUGCGGGAGAUUAUUUUGCCGAGAAAUUGAGAGAUCGUGAAGCUAGGAGGCGAAUUGCGAAGUUGAGCUCGGUUGCUCUGGUUAAGAGGGAAGUGCGGGACGAAAAUUUGGAGGCCGCAAGAUGUUUUUCUGCUUUAUCUGCGAUCAGAAGCGUCGAGUGAAGAGUGCAAAGCCUGCAAAUGGGCUUUGUGGAAAUUGUGGUGGCGGAGCUAGCGAUGUCAAAGUGAAGGACACUUGUAGGUUUUGCUUCAUCCCUCUGUGCUGGAGAACUCAUCAUACCAUCAUGUGCAGACAGUGCGGAGCUCGACUUCGAUCUCAUUAGUGUGGCACUACUUCCUCGUUGGAUGUAGUUUGUGAUUUUAUUGUACAGGGCAGUGAAACUUUCAAUUGUUUUCAAUUUAUCUCAAGCAGCUUGAUAGUCACCCUGAUUGGGAAUUUCUAUGCGACCAACUUCUUUUUAUUAAGUUGGAGCUAUUCUUGAAGGGGAUAAACCCCUUGUCUUCAUCUGUUGAGGACGCGAGCCCUGAACGUGGGCAAAGAACCUCAGUAGUGUGGGCGCGAGUGUAAUCAUUCUCUUCAUUACGAACGGCCAGCGUGCGAGUGAUUGCUUAAUUAGCUCUCUGAACGCCGGUUACAGAGGAGUGCUAAAAUGGAAGGAUUGGCGGAAGCAUGGGAGAUGACUGCACAUCUGAAUUCUGCAGAGGAAAGCUUUAUGACAGUAAACAGAUGAAAUUUGGCACGUCAAUAAAUUGCCAGUACCCACACCUAGGAAGCGGAGACUGAGCAAAUGAAGGAGACUCUAUACUGCGAUUGGGAGGAGAAGAAGCAGAACCCUGCGAUUGUUCCCAUUAUCAUUAUGAGCUGGCAAUUUCAUUAGAGGGCCAAGAAUUAUCAACAUUUAUCUGGUUAUAGUGCGUAGGCCAGCUGUUUCUCAUUUUGGAUCAACAUCAGACCUCUCAUCUCUUUAGCAAGACUCGUGGAUUUCUGAAAUUCUCGUGUGUAAGUUCAAAGUUCGGUUGAUUGGAAAUAUCAUAAGAGUAUAUUUUUAACA